UUUCCCACUUUUCUAUCAUCCAUACCUCUGUAACUUAAUCAAAGCAUUAAUCAACUGUGCGAUUUCAUCCCAAAUCAUGGCAAUCACACCAGAAUCUUAAAUCGAAAUAUCACCAUAUAAUCAUGGGCUCCACGAUUUCGUGGUUCACGAUUCGAAAUCUCUCCGUCUGGGUUUCGAGUGAGUCAAGCAAGAGAGUGAGAGAAGCAAGAGAAGAGAUCUUAUGGAGAGAUUUUAUGGUUAAUUUCAAGAAUAGAAGGACUGGAAAGGGAGGUUCAUCCCAGGCUGGUCUCACGACAGAGAGAACGAGAUAUUCACGACAGAGAGAGAGAGAGAACGAGAGAAGAAGGAACGCGAGUGGGAGUGGAUUUUAGGGGUUAUGUUUUUGAGAUCUAAUAUGGUCUCUUGGUUUGAUCCAAUGACUAUUAAAUCAAUCCCUAUUUUGAGCUUAUAAGAGAAAACUUGUAUAUAUAUAUAUCCAUUGGAAGAUUAUGUCUUUACAGAUGUAGUAUAUAUUAUGUUUUAACUCUUAAUACAUUCCAACCCACCAAAACAUGUUUCCCAAUAUAUUUUAUUGUGAACAAAAACUCACCGUUACAACCCAUUCCAACCCCUUUCAAGCACGACCUAGUUUUUGUUUAGGGAAAAUGGCAAAGGUGGGAAUAAAGAACAUGACCCUUUUUUUUAGGAGGGAUUGAAAUGCUGACUCAGGACUUUUUUUUUUUUAGACCACCAAAAUCCUUAGCGCCUAAGAUUUCUGCCUUUCUCUCGUUUGCACCGCCAGAUCCCUAUAUAAGAAAUUGACUGUAUCCUUCAACUCCAAACACACAAAGCUUAACCAUACAAAAAAAAAACAAAGAGAGAGAGGCUCAAACAUCGACAUGGCAAACAACGUCGGUGAUUUCGACAUUCUUCCGGAGGGUUGCAUUGCGAAGGUUCUCUCGUUCACGGAACCUCGCGAUGCAUGCAGGCUGUCGCUCGUCUCGCCGAUCUUCAGGUUGGCCGCGGAAUCGGACUCUGUUUGGGACACUUUUCUGCCUCCGGAUUGUCAACCAUUGAUUUCCCGGUCCUCCUCUUCGAAUUCGGUUAGUUACGGUUCCAAGAAGGAGCUGUAUCUUAGCCUCUGCGAGAAGCCUCUCCUCAUAGACGGUGGGGCAAAGAGCUUCUCUUUGGACAAGUGGACUGGAAAGAAAUGCUACAUGCUCUCUGCCAGAGACCUUAGAAUAACAUGGAGUAGUUCUCCUUCGUAUUGGAGAUGGAUCUCUCUUCCCGAGUCCAGGUUUGGGGAGGUUGCUGAACUUCUACAUGUUUGUUGGCUUGAAAUCCGUGGUAAAAUCCACACAAACAUGCUGUCAGCGGGGACUUUCUAUGCAGCAUAUCUUGUGUUCAAGAAAACAGAGGGAACCUUUGGAUUUGAUUCCCAACCAGUAGAGGCUGCAUUUGGACUUGUUGGAGAAGGAGGUGACAGCUGCAACCGCACACUUUAUUUGGAUGCAGGGGAUCAUAGGCGCCUAAGGCAUCAUUAUGGGCUUUAUCGCCGUGGUGGUAGAAACAUUUUCCGGUUUCUACCUGUAGAAAGAGAAUGCCAUGAGAACAAAAACCAGGAUAGUAAAGAGAGAGGAGAUGGGUGGUUGGAGGUUGAGUUGGGUGAUUUCUUCAAUAGUGGAGCUGAAGAUGGGGAGCUGGAAGUGUUUGUUUUGGAGGUCAAAGGCGGUAAUUGGAAGUCUGGCCUCAUUGUUCAAGGGAUAGAGAUCAGGCCAAAAGGAAGAGACCCUAAAUAGAAAAACAAUGGCAUCAGUAAUGUUGUAUGUCAAAUGCAUCGCUGUUACCAGCCCUGCAUUUGGUUUUGACUUUUGAAUGUGUGUUUGUGCGUUAUAGAGAUUCAUCAUUGUUUCCUGAGAAAAUUGUGGUGUUUCAGUCGUCAUGUUUUGGGUUACCAACUGGAACAGAGUCAAGUUCAAGGCCUUGAAGGGCAAGGGAUUUACUUUCCACAUGUUAAGCUAUAUUAUUGUAAGUCGUGUAAUCUUUCAUGUACUCGCUUU